AAUUUUUGGUUGCCAGUAUACCUGUAGUCGUUGCACUGAUCAGUCGAUAGUUUUGUGAUAAAUUAUUUCUCAAGUGAAUUAAAUUAUUAACCAUGGGACGUGAUUCUAGAAAGGUUUCAAGAGAACUUCGGAGUUCUGAAAAAAUUAAUAAGUCGCGUUCAGUCAAAAGAAAGAAUGUUUUUAAUCCGAAAACAGCCGAACGUGAUGAAAGUAUUCAGAGUACAUCUUCUAAAAAAUUAAAACAAAACACUGAAGAUGAUGUACCUGAAGACAGCAGUACUGAAUUUCGAAUAAUAAAUUUUAUUCAGGUAUUCACUGCAAUUUCUGCUCUUAUAAAAUGUAAAAAAUGUGAUGGAAAUGUAGUGUUUCAAACAGCAAGUACACGUGGGCUGGGAUUCAAAAUUGUAGUUGCAUGUAAUAACUGUGGAAAUGAAUAUAUUCCUUCCUGUUCUUUCGUUGGGCAUUCUUAUGAAAUAAACAGACGUUUCAUUUUUGUAAUGAGAAUACUAGGAAUAGGAUACGAAGGAUUGUGCAAGUUUUGCGGCCUGAUGGACAUGCCGUCUUUUUUAGAUAAAUCUACGCAUACAAUUUUACUGAAACAGAUUUUGAAUUGUAGUAAAGCCGUCGCAGAAACCUUCAUGACGAAAGCUGUGAAUGAAGAAAAGCAAGCAAUGCCAACAACUGAAAAUGAAGAUAUAAAUCAUCUAACUGUAUCGGGAGAUGGAACCUGGCAAAAACGGGGAUAUACAUCGUCAUUUGGAGUUUCUUCUAUAAUUGGCUAUUUUACUGGAAAGAUUCUUGACAUAAACAUUAAAAGUGCAUAUUGUAAGCUAUGUGAGUAUUGGAAAAAAAAAACAAAUACUGUUGAGUUCGAGGAAUGGUAUCAAUCGCAUGAAGAUGUGUGUUCUGCUAAUCAUCAAGGGUCUUCUGGGAAAAUGGAGGUGGAUGCGAUGGUCGAAAUGUUUUCGUAUUCUGAAACUAAAUAUGGAGUUAAGUAUGCCAACUAUAUUGGUGAUGGUGACUCCAAGACCUAUUCAGGAAUUAUAAAAUCAGAUCCUUACGAAAAUACAACUGUAAAUAAAAAGGAAUGUAUAGGGCAUGUCCAAAAGCGGAUGGGGAGUCGAUUACGUACGCUGAAGAGUAAACAAAAAGGUCUUGGUGGUCGAGGUGAGCUCACAGGAAAAUUAAUAGACAAACUAACUGUGUACUAUGGUUUAGCAAUACGCCGGCAUUGUGAUUCUAUUGAAAAUAUGAAAUCUGCUAUAAUGGCAACCUUUUAUCACUACGGCUCGAGUGAUGAAAAACCGAAUCAUGAUAUGUGUCCAAAAGGCGAAGAAUCUUGGUGCUCUUACCAGCGCGCUGAAGCAAGAGGAGAGCUUGAUACCUUUUCUCACGAUUAUUCUCCUUUACCUUCUGAUGUUUUAAAAGCUAUCAAGCCUAUAUACGAAGAUCUUAGUAAUGAAAAUUUACUUUCAAGAUGUGUAGGUGGAUUCAAUCAGAAUAAUAAUGAAAGCUUUAACCAACUAGUAUGGAAAAUAUGUCCAAAAACGGUAAAUACUAGUUUUACUAUCGUACAAAUAGCUGCAUACGUUGCUAUGUGUAUAUUUAAUGAGGGUAUAAAUUCAUUAUUAGUCUUGAUGAAUACACUAGGACUUAAUUGUGGGCCUAAUUCUCAUCGGUAUGCAGAAAGAAUGGAUGCUGCACGUAUCAAAGUAGCAGAUAAGCGCGCUAAUGAUAACACCCGAGAAGGUCGAUUGCAACGUAGGCACCAGCAAAUCGAUAUUUUGGAAGCUGCUAUGUCGGCUGAAGAGCUAUUAUAUGGUCCAGGAAUAGAUGACUCAGUAUGAAUCUCCAAGGACUUAUGAUGAUCACCGCAAAGGACUUCGGGAGGAACGGGCUCUACAAAAACAGCGAUAACUUUUUGAAUUAUUAAUUUUUUUUUUUGAAAUUUUCGUGAAGUCAAAUCGAAACGUGUUCUAAUAAAGCUAUGUUUUUAUUUUUGUCAAAUAAAGUAAUUAACUACAAAAAAAAAAUUAUU